UGUUCAUUUUUGGAAGUAAAGGGGGACAAAAUCUAAACAGUAAAGACUACACCAUCGGAAGAUUUAUACUAAGAAUUAGAUGGGCGGCUCCGUGCCCGGCCCGUCCAAUAUAGAACCAAUUACAUCGGUAAUUGCAUUUGCAUCAAAACUACUUUUGCUCAUUCUUUUAGGAGUGGAACGUAGUAUUUAUUCGUCCCUAUUAACCGGCACCACAUCUCCAAAAAAGAAUCAAAUGCAUAUCUAAGCAUGGCGCACUCGGGGUAUAGGCCGCAGUGAAUUCAGGUUGACCUAUCCGCAGCAUUAAAUGAGCGAAUCCGAUUCCCAACUAUAUUUCACCGGAUCCUACCACAUCAGCACCCAACCUUCCAUGUGGUUUAAUUUGCAACAUGGAGCAGGGGAUGGACUGCACGCGUCGCCGCGAUGCUUACCACUGACACGUUAAAUUCAUGGACGUGCCCGAGUUUAAAUUAACUGAUGGGUUUUUUCCACAGUUGGCCCAGGCCGGCCGGGAUCUCUAACUCCCGUGAUGGCGCGAUGCCUUCCGGCUCGAGGCGCAUGGUAGCUAGCUUUAUAGACCGAUCAACCGAUGUGUCUGAUCGCGACCCUGCGACGGUAACAGCCAUCCUGGCGACAAGGUGGCCGGGUCUGAGCCUGAGUCCGAGUUCGAGUCCGACUCAGAGAUAGAUAGAUAGAUAGAUAUAUACAUAUUAUCGUAUCAUAUCAGGGGCUCAGGGCAUAUUAUAUAUGUCAUGUCAUGUCCUGUAAUUGCAGCAGGGACUCGAGUCCGAGCACUGAUCACAAUAUGGCUUAAUUUGUGGACGCAUGCAAAACCAAAACAAAACGAAGCGAAACGUCCUCCGACUCAGCAGGUCAGCCGAGAGAUUUCGUGACACCUCGGCGCGUGUUCAAGAGCAGCGAGCGAACGUCCUCGACCCCCUCCUCCUAUAUAUUUAUCAAGGGGGGCGGGGCAAAGGCAAGGUUCGAGGGUAAGGGCGGACCCUCUGUGAUCUGUUAAUAUUUUAGUAUUAUCAUUCAUUUUCCAUUUGCAUGCUUACCCGACAAAUCUCCCCUCCGGACUCCUCCUCCUCCUCCUCCUCCUCGUCGAUCCCCCCCUCUCCAAAAUCCGCGCUCUUUUGAAUCCCCGACGCGCCUCCUUGCCCUGAAAUUAAUAUUCCUUGCAAAUAUUACUGCUGCGUGGCAGGUGAUAUAUCAUACAUGCAAGAAGAAAAUGAUUGAGUUUAGACGGAAGCUAAAUUAACCAAAGAGCGAGAAGAAAUCAACAAGGCCACCGAGAUCCCUCUGGCAAUGGGGAACGAGAGGGAAACCCAACCGGACGGCGCAGCUGGAGGCGGCGGAGGUGAUCCGUCCAUCUUUGCCAAGCCCCAACGUCCCGUUACCCUCAAGUUCGAAGAUGUGGUGUACAAGAUCAAAAUCAAGGGGAAGAGCAUCGGCGGCAGUGGCUCGAUGAAGGGGAAGAAGAAGGAGGAGGAGGCUGACGCCGAGAGGACGAUCCUGAAGGGGGUGUCGGGUGUGGUGCUCCCCUGCGAGAUGCUGGCGAUGCUCGGCCCCUCGGGCAGCGGGAAGACCACUCUGCUCACAGCCUUAGGCGGCCGUCUCGCCCGCAGCGGCGGCCGGCAGCUCAGUGGCUCCAUCACCUACAACGGCCGGGCCUUCGCCAGCUCGCUCAAUCGCAACAUGGGCUUCGUGACGCAGGACGACGUGCUCUACCCCCACCUCACGGUGGCGGAGACCCUCGUCUACACUGCCCUCCUCCGCCUCCCCAGCACCCUCGCACGGCAGGAGAAAGUCGCGCAGGCGGAGGCCGUCAUGGCGGAGCUGGGGCUGGCGUCGUGCCGCAACAGCAUCAUCGGCGGCCCGCUGGUGCGCGGCGUGUCCGGCGGAGAGCGCAAGAGGGUGAGUAUCGGCCAGGAGAUGCUGAUCAACCCGAGCCUGCUGCUCCUGGACGAGCCCACGUCCGGCCUCGACUCCACCAUCGCCGGCAGGAUCGUGUCCGCGCUGCUCAGCCUGGCGGAGGGUGGCAGGACGGUGGUCAUGACCAUCCACCAGCCCUCCAGCCGCAUCUUCUACAUGUUCCACAAGGUUCUGCUCCUCUCCGAUGGCCACCCCAUCUACUUCGGCGGGGCCUCCCACGUCAUGGGCUACUUUGCUAGCAUCGGUUAUGCCCCAUCCGUUCCCAUGAACCCUGCCGACUUCCUUCUCGACCUCGCAAAUGGCGUAUCUCCAGAUCAAACGCUGGAUGAUCAGACAUGUGUGAAAGAAGCUCUGGCCUCAGCCUACAGAGUACAGCUCCACAAUCAAGUAGCAGAGGAACUCCGAGAAUCAAGCAACCAGUAUGAAGAAAAGGAGGCAGAUAAGACGGCGAAUCAGUGGUGCACGAGUUGGUGGGAGCAAUUCCAUGUGUUGCUCGAGAGAGAUCUCAAGGAAAGGAAGCACGAGUCCUUCUCGGGACUCAAGAUUGCGCAAGUAAUCAUCACGGCUCUUUUGGCUGGCUUCCUAUGGCUCCAAUCUGGAGGGCAUGCUCAAGACCAGAUUGGCCUUCUGUUCUUCAUCACAGGGUUCUGGAACUUCUUUCCUAUAUUUCAAGCUAUAUUCACUUUCCCGCAAGAGCGCAUGAUGCUGACGAAAGAGAGAUUGUCGAGGAUGUACCGGUUAUCCUCGUAUUUCAUGGCUAGAUUAGUGGGCGAUCUGCCGAUGGAGCUCAUCCUGCCGACAAUCUCCAUUACCAUCAUGUAUUGGAUGGGUGGGCUGAAGCCGGCGGCAGCCAGCUAUUUCAUGCUCCUCUUCGUCACGCUGCUAAGCGUGCUGGUGUCCCAGGGCCUUGGCCUCGCACUCGGCGCUCUCGUCAUGGAACUCAAGGCGGCUACCACGCUCGCCUCCGUCCUCAUGCUCUGCUUCAUGCUAGCUGGUGGUUACUACGUCCAGAAGGUGCCGCCCUUCAUCGCCUGGAUUAAAUACGUGUCCGUGAGCUUCUACACCUUCAAGCUCCAGAUCACGUCGCAGUACUCGUUGGCCGACUCCUAUGAGUGCGCUCCCAACCUGACAUGCAGCAUUGCGGAUUUCCCUGCAGUCAAGGUUGUCGGGUUAGACCACAAGGUUCUUGCACUGGUGGCCUUGUUUGUCAUGCUCGUGCUCUACCGGCUCGUUGCUUACUUGGGCUUGAUGAGGGUCGGUGUUAUACGCUGAGAUUAGAUCAGAAAUCAAGAGGGGACAGUUCAACCUUCCCUGCUAUCAAGAGUACUCCCUUCAAUAGGAGGCUCCAAGGAUCCUCUGCUUUCGUGGCAGCGUUAUACUACUCCAAAAGCAUAUAUACAGGCCUACAAGUUAGUGGGAUUUAGUUCUUAACCUCAACUAAGGUGCUUUUGUACCUUUACUUCUGACAAAAUAACAUAGAGAUGCAUGAAGAAAUAAACAUAACUCUUCCAGCCUAUGGAAAUGUUAAUAACGUUCAACCAUGCACAGGCAACACGCAGGCAACGGUACUACAUA